UGACCACCACAUUGAUUAGUGUGACCUUGCGUAUUUUGCGCCGAGUUUGCCGAGCUUGGGUCCGUGUAAAAAAUUGUGUAUGUUGAAUUUUGGCAAUUUCUUUUCUUUGUUGCUUUUGCAUUGGGAGCACCCAUAAAUAUAUGGCGUCUUUAUUUUUUCCACAUCAAGGAUAAUUGAUUGAUGGGUGCUUCUCAUAUGAAACCAUCUACUCAAAGUGAACCCGUCAACCUUCGAGAGCUUGUCAGUGGGCCAAAGCAUGUUUCAUUUGCUGAUGAAACAUCCAGUCAAAGCCAGCUCAGCUGGCACAAUGUCAGCGGCCGCCUGUCGGUGCUGGGGGGUCGCCUGUCGCGUCUGUCCAACCUCAGCUGGGGCAGCAGCCGGUCCGGGCCCGCCUCCCCGCGCAGCCCCGUCAGACCGUGGUCGCGGGUGUCGCGGACACGAUGGAGCCAAGCCACGCUGGAGGACCCGCUGGUCGGCUGUAAGACCGCCUGGCCCGUCAGCCUGGUCGAGUCGCUGUUCCUGCCAGACUUUCCCGUCCGGAAACACUGCCACCAGACAAUAUUCAGCGUGGAGAAAACGCUGGGUACUGGGGCAUUCGGCAAGGUGUACCAGGUCAAGCACAAAGAAUCUGGGGAACUGUUCGCCUUAAAAAUCCUAUCGAAAGCUCAUGUGGUACGUGAGGGAGCCGUGGGCCAGGUCAGGGACGAGGUCAGCAUCCAGGUGGCCUGCGGACACCACCCCUACAUCGUGUCCUGUCCGGACCGCUGGCAGACGCGCAAACAGCUCUACGUCCUUCAGGAGCUGGUGCCGGGAGGCGAGCUGCGCGACCUGUGGCUGCGACACGGCUCCCUGCAUGAACAGCUCGUCCAGCUCUACGUGGCCGAAAUGGCGAUAGCGCUAGAGUUUCUCCACAAUGCUGGUGUGAUAUUCCGCGAUCUGAAGUUGGAAAAUGUUCUGCUGGACUCAGAAAUGCAUGUAAAGCUAAUAGAUUUCGGUCUGGCGAAGUGGUUACGUUUCGGAAACCGGACCCAGACUCUGUGUGGCACGCUUCAGUAUAUGGCCCCGGAGGUGCUGGAGCCGCAGCCUUACAACCACAGCGUGGACUGGUGGUCGCUCGGGGUCGUGGCCUUUUGUCUGCUCUCCGGAAACUACCCGGUGCCUGCCGCCCAAGACCACGUGGAGAUGCGUUGUCUGCUGCUGUCCGCCCAGCCGCGGCUGCCCUGUCACGUCAGUGCUCCUGCGCGUGCUCUGGUGGCGCGCCUGCUCACCCCGGAGCCGCGACACCGGCUCAACAGUCUGCUCAAACUGUCCCGCGAGGCGUGGUACGCCAACUUCAAUCUAGACGCCGUGAAGGCCAGGGAGGUGUCGGCUCGGUCCAUCUACGACACGUUCUACCCGGCCGGCGCGGACGCCUCUGCCGGCUCCGAGAGCGGCAGGGAGUCCGACUUCAUCGACUUCGACGCCACCACGGUCGACGAGUCGCUGGGCAGCUGCGAACUGGUGGACGAGUUCCCCACGCUGGCCGGCUCGCCGCGCCGCCCCGUGCCGGCCGCCGUGGCCGCCAGCACACCGUGCCGGCCCGCCGCCGCCCCGGCGCCGGAGCUCUCCCUCAGCCCGGUGUCGGCCGACUCUGUGGUGGCCUCCAGUGGAGUGUUGUCGCCGCAUCGCACCUUCCGACCGCCGGAGAGUCGGGGGCGAGACGUCAGACCGCCGGUGGUAGCAGAGGGGGCGCUGGUCCCGGCGGAGGCGCCCCACACACCGCCGCUGCGGGCCAUGCAAGAUACGUUCGAGGAGUCCUCUAGCGGCGAUAUUCUGGAGCUGCGACUGCCGGACGCUCCGUCCGACAGCGCUGAGUGUCAGUGCGACCUGGACGUCCCCGAGCUGUCGCCGCCUGCCGCUGCUCCACCGCCAGCGCCUGUGCUCAACUUUUACGGCUGUCAUGAAGCGGGGCUCGGUGAAGGCGGAGAGAUGGAGAGGACCGGCGAGGGAGCCCUUUUCGAUGCGGGCCCGAGUCAAAUCGCGACCUGUGUAGUAACGGAGGACUCUCUAAAGCGGCCAGGCUCGUCCCCCGUCAGUCGGGACGAGUACGACCGCAUCUGGAAGCGGCCCCGCACGACGGCCGUGGCGGACAGCUGGGACGAUACGGAUGUCUCCACGGAGGCUGUGCAGGUUUGAACAUUGGGGUUGUUUGUAGCUGCGAGAGGCUAAACGUGAAGGUGUGUACGUUAUGCAGAGCAGCGACCCCAGGUCAGUACAAGUAGUGAUGGAACGCGGUGUUAAGUAUAGUGCAGCUGUAGUACGGGCUGCGGCCGCCAAUGAUGUUAGAUCUGUGUUCCUCGUAUAUGAUAACUGUGAUAUAAUGUAGAUCUGCCGGACAACGCGUUCCGUCCAAGAUAGAUGGACAAAGGCAGGGUGUUACUGGUAGAUAUUGAGCUACGAUGGUCAUUUGAUUGUAUACAGAGUCCGACACGUUCUGCAUUGAACACCUCGAACAUAUCGCUACUUUUCAAUGCCACUUAUUAAAACUCGCGUUCACAUUCCAAGCAUUCCUAAGAAAUUUAACGUCUGGUGAAAUUCUGCCCACUUAUCGAACAUUCUCUCCUGUUAUGCGCUUUGAUACAAAUGCGUACUUUUCAACCAUAAUUCUAAUCUACUUCCUGCUUGAUGUUUAUCGAUCAUGUGUGCAAUGGUACAAUGCAACGAACAACGCACAAAGUCUUCAGCGAAUCAACGAGUGUGUCCUUUUGGUGUAUUAAGCCAACAGAGAUAUGAUCACUGUAGGCGUGACACCAUGUCACCUGGAAGUCGUAGCGGGAGCCGGGGAAACUUCCUGUUUAGGUAGGUGUUAGUUUGAUGUACUGCCACACUUUGGACGUGACAUGGCGUUAGUUGAGGCACGGUUGAGGCUUGGGAUUUGUGGGUUUGGUUGUGUCUUUGUAUGACGAAGACGUCGUCGGGGAAGAGAGUUGGAACACUGAACACUGAAUCUGUUUCCAUUUUAUGCGAAGUAAUAAUUUAUUAAGUGAACUAUAUUUUACAUAGUCUAGGUUCAACUUUACAGAGGCUGAUUACAUCGUUGUUACGCUUACAUGUUAAUAACUAUGUUCUUUGGGAUCAUCGGUUAAUGCCCAUUCGGAGUCUUACCUUGCGAGGCAACAGGCCUCGCUUUACCUCUGGCUCAUAUGGUAUUCAUGCAACGAUGAAAAUACAGCUUUGACAUUUGA